AUGUCUUACUUUUUUUGUCUUUUGUUAAAUAAUUCAAGUAAUUCAACAAGUGCUUGUUCAUCAUCAUCAUCAUCAUCAACAAAUGAUAUGUUAACUAUGGAAGAUCAUAUUCAAUCAUUAAUAUCUAUGGGAUUUCUUGAUCGAGAUUUAAAUCGUAGAGCAUUAAUUAAAGCUCAUAAUGAUAUAAGCGAAGCCGUAACGAUGUUAACUAGUUCAGUCUAUUAUAAUGAUGAUAUUCUUAUACCAACUGAAGCAAUGGUAUCAACCUUCAUUGGCCCAUUAACUGAAGAACAACUCGAACGACAACAGCAACAAACAGUUCCUUCAAAUAAUAACAAUAAUAAUAAUAAUAAUAAUAAUAAUAAUUCAAAUGGUUCACAUUCUGUAUCGUCGGAUGAAUAUUCAAUAAAUAAUUUUAAUUCAUUUACAACUAAUGCUUUUCUUGAUCUUGAAACAAAAGUUUAUGGUGAUAAUUGGUCAAUACCUUAUAAACGUAUGUAUGAUUUUAUUUUAUCAUAA